UUUCAUUCUAUCUGUCUAUGGGCCGCCAAAAUGUCGCUUUCUGUUUUGGUAUCAUCUCACAAUAAAAGAAAUUAAUUUCAUUAAUUUACUCAAUACCUUAGUGAAUAUAAGCAAAGUGAUUAAAUGCCCUCAUUUAUAAAUAUUUAAAGUAAAUUUGGUGCAUCAAUCAGCCAUGAAUACCACGGCUCCGACGUCGGCGGAUGCCUGCCUGAGCAUCGUGCACUCGCUAAUGUGUCACAGACAGGGUGGAGAGAGUGAAGGGUUCUCCAAGCGAGCUAUAGAAUCUCUUGUUAAGAAGCUAAAGGAGAAGAGAGAUGAGCUAGACUCCUUGAUCACAGCAAUAACUACUAAUGGCGCACAUCCUAGUAAAUGUGUUACAAUACAGAGGACGCUUGAUGGGAGGUUACAGGUGGCCGGUCGGAAAGGAUUUCCCCACGUUAUUUAUGCUCGUAUAUGGAGGUGGCCGGACUUACACAAAAAUGAAUUGAAACACGUCAAGUUUUGUCAAUUCGCUUUCGAUUUAAAAUGUGACUCAGUGUGUGUAAACCCUUACCACUACGAAAGGGUUGUUUCCCCAGGAAUAGAUUUAUCAGGCCUCACACUUCAGUCGGGUCCCAGCAGAUUAGUAAAGGACGAGUACACAGCUGGCCUCAGUGGAAACGGAAUGGACAUGGAUACUGGUGAGAUGGUGACCAUUCAGCAUCAUGCUACUAGUCCUAGGCACCAUCAUACGCCGAUGCCACAUCACCAUCAGCAGUUCCAGACAACAAAUAUUAUUAUUAACCAGGGACAAACGCCUGAAGGCGUACCGAACAUGUUUUCGCCGACGCACGCGCCGCGCACCCCGCUGCGGGCGCCGGCGCCGCACGCGCCGCUGGCGCCGCCGAUGGGCCACGCGGCGCCCGCACCGCAGAUGUGUGCGCACCCGGGGCCCAUGCAGGGCCCCCAGAUGGUGCCGGCCCAGUCGCCCCUGGGUGGAGGGAUGGGACAGGGACAGAUGUCGUCCCCGCGGUUGGCUGCAGCGCCCAGUAUGUCGCCGGCGACGCCGCAGAUGCCGCCGAUGAACAGGCCGAUGUCGCUGCCGAGCCCGCAACAGAUGGCGAUGGCCCAGCAGCGCGCGGUGGCCCCCAAACUCGAGCCCCCCGAUACGAUGGACGCCCGCGCAAUGUGGCUGCCUAAACGAAUGAAUCAUUCUGCAAUGCCAGUGACUAUGUCUCCGGGAGCCACCACACCACUCAUAGAUGGCCCGAAUUCUACAUUCUUCACGUCAGAGACAACGUCUAACGAUUCUUCUCAGCUGACUCAAACUUUGUCCAAUUCGCACGCAGCGGGCACGGUAUCGCCUGGUUCCGGGGAGGGCUCCCAACAGAAUGGGUUCACUACAGACGGCAGUCCCGCGCCACAACCCAGCCCCCUACCGCAUCGCACGCAGCAUCAGCAACAACAAGGCACGUGGACUGGUAACAACACACUAACGUACACACAGAGCUUGGCUCCUCCGCCCGCCGCGCCACCCGUGCCCCUUGACGCUCCUCCUCAUCAUCAUUAUUACAAUGGUAACCCAGGCGGUCUUCUCUCAAGUCAACCAGCUCCUGAAUAUUGGUGCUCAGUCGCCUACUUUGAGUUAGAUACGCAGGUCGGAGAGACCUUCAAAGUACCUUCCAGUAGACCCAACGUUACCGUUGAUGGCUACGUGGAUCCUUCAGGCGGUAACAGAUUUUGUUUGGGCGCUCUCAGUAAUGUGCACAGAACUGAACAGAGUGAACGAGCGAGACUGCACAUCGGUAAAGGUGUGCAGUUAGACCUCCGCGGUGAAGGCGACGUGUGGCUGCGUUGUCUGUCGGAUCACUCAGUGUUCGUGCAGUCCUACUACCUCGACAGGGAGGCCGGCAGAGCGCCCGGAGACGCUGUGCAUAAGAUAUACCCGUCUGCUUGUAUUAAGGUAUUCGACCUCCGCCAAUGUCACCGACAGAUGCAGUCCCAGGCGGCCACGGCCCAGGCGGCGGCCGCGGCGCAAGCUGCCGCCGUCGCCGGACAUAUACAGCCGCAACAUCCCACCAUGAACAAGUGUCUGUCUGCAGCGGCCGGCAUCGGAGUGGACGACCUGCGGCGACUGUGCAUCGUGAGGCUUUCCUUCGUCAAGGGCUGGGGACCUGACUACCCCCGCACUUCUAUCAAGGAGACGCCCUGCUGGGUCGAGGUUCAUUUGCAUAGAGCCCUUCAGCUUUUGGACGAGGUCCUGCACACAAUGCCAAUCGACGGUCCUCGGAGCACCAUCGAGUAGGAGUUGAUCGGCUUCUUUUGAGGCCUUCGAGCGACCAGAGUCGCCCUGCGACCCCACGAUAGUGCCAGACGGACGACUGUGUCGCCAGUGCAGUGAUUGAUAGAGAGUGACGUGACAGUGAACCGCGUGACCUACUACUAGUGACGAACGUGACCGACGUGACCCAGUAGUAUGUCACACACUUCAAGAGUUGAUGCCAUAUGAAUAGCAUUUAUUUAAGUAAUUAUUCACAAAAUUGUGAUCACAAAAUUUACGUAUUUUGGCCUACGUCUUCCAAAUUUAGUUUUGUCUUCCGGCACGAAAUUUCCUUUGUUUCAUUUGGUUUUGGUGAUGAAUUUGUUGGUUUUUGAAUAAAAUGUUUGCACCAGUCGUGGAUGUGCAUCGCUCGUGUAACGAAAGGUGAACUAGUUUAUGUCUUGUAUCUAUUUAUACUAAUGUAAGUAGUUGCAGUAUAUAAGUUAAUGUAAUAGAUAUGUAUAACAGUAUUGAGAUGGAACAAACUAAAGAACAUAUAAGGGAUCUCAGUAAAAUAUUUUCACAAAUCCUAAAUGAAGUUAUAAAUAAAUAAUUUAAGAUAUUAAUUAUAAUAAACAAAAUACGAAUAGAACGACGCAUACAAACAUUGUCAUUGCUCAAACAAUAAGAGAUGAGUUCGUCUUUAUAUUUGUAUAAACAAACGAAUUUUAGUAACAGCUAUACCAAAUUAAGGCAUUUUUAUAUUAAAGUUUAGUGUAGAGGAUAUAUGACAAGACAUAAAUGUGGUUCAACUUGAAAGAAGCCAAAUGGGAAUAGCUUUCUAUAGAGAUAAGCUAUAGCGUUGUUAUAAGGUAGAUACUAGCGUAACUUAUGAUAUUUGUAAGUGUAGGGAGGGAGGGACGAGGCGUGUAGAGGGAAAGGCUGUAUUUUUGUUAGCGUGAAGUGUGCCUCAUUAGAGGAAUUGCAUGGACCACUAGAGGCCGUACAAAUACACGCUCACAGUUUUCAGUAAGCGUGUAUGCCGUACGGCUAACGUUUCGUUAUUUAUUUACUUUUGAAGUACAGACGCCCAUGCAAUUUCGCUAAGUCAAUAGAUGAUCUGUGAUGUGCUAACAAAACGUGUAUAGUAUGCGUGCGCGCACUCGAAGUCAGCUAAGGUAUUGUCAGAUUUUCGCUAUGAAAAGUGUGACUUUAUUAUUUUUCGGUAAAUGUCUACACUAAGUCUAAGUUAAAAAUAAAAUGACAUAUUUUGUGUAUGAGAAUCAAAUGGUUAUAAAUAUUAAGGUUAGUAGUGGUGUUCUAAACAAGUAUAUGAGAUUUUUUGUCGUUUGCUUAAGAUUUGCUUUAAUUAUUAUUACUUGGCAGAUUAAUAAUUAUCUUGUGUUGAAUGAUUUUAUACAGCUGUUAGUGAAUGUUAGUGUUUUCGAUUUUUUUAUCGUAAUUAUUUUGUUAAGGCGAAACGAUUGAUGAUAAACUAAUAUAGUGUUUAUUGUAACUUUAUAAAAGAGGAUUAUGCUUGCAGUUUUUACAUAAAAUAAUCAGUUUAUAAUAAUUAUGUUCGAUUUUACGUUGUAACGAGUGAUCAUCACAAAAUAUUAUAUUAUUUUUGUUAUUGCUUAAUCGGUUUAGUUUAUGCAUCGGAAUUUUACAAUUAUGAAUAUUGUUACCAAUGUCUUUGUAAAGAUUCGGAUUAUGCAAGUUUUGUAAAUAGUACAAUUUAUUGAGAAUAUUUUUAAUAUGAAGCGAGGCGUUGUCGCUCCCCUUACAAACAAAGAAAUCGCGAGAGUAAUAAGAAAGUAUGUACGUUCAAUAAAAAAUUAAAUUCUCUUAGUGGGCUUUUCACAAAUUCGUGUAUCAAAAAUACCUCUUUAUAGUGAUGACAAAGGAUACAAAGGGUUUUAGAUGAUAUUAAAUAUGUGGUAAGUUUUUUAAAUGAUGUUGAAGUUUUGAAUAGAUAAAGAUAUUUGACAAAUUCUACAUAGGACAGUUGACAGAUAUAGAGAGCCGAAUAUUUAGACCUCUCGCGUACAAUUUAUUGUAAAACCAUUGACUAACCAAUUAUUGGAGAUAUACCGAAGUUAUCCAAAGUUUGAAGACUUAAUAAUUGUUGUUCGUACGAACAUUAAUUAACUAUGGCUUUUGUAUAUAAACGCGUCGUAUUCUUGUUCUAAACAAGUUAUUGUACGUUCUCGAAGUUGGACCUUCUCCCGUGAAUUUUGAAGUUGCAAGCGAUUUAAGAUGUUAUUGUGAUUAGCAUAAGGUCUGCCAAGGUAGAACGUGAUUGGUAGCAUUCUAGUUGAUAUUAAGAGUUAGUUUUGACAUUUAAUCUACUCGCCUAACACAUAUGAGGUGGAAACUACUAAUAAAAGCUGAUCUCAUAGUUUAUAGAUUACACUUGCACUGAAAGAUCAACUUAUAUUGGUAGUCUCUGAGGCCUUAGUACGAGUUUGUUUUACGUUUAAAGUAAUUGUAACGAGUACGCGUUCGGCGCUCUGAUUGGU